AUGUAUGGUCAACUGCUCAAGGAGAUUUUGACAGAGGCGCCCUAUUCAGCUGUUGACAUGAACUAUAUGAUCGAAUUUUUGCUCCUUAAAUACGUUGAGGAAGAACCAUGUAAAGCUGAACAAGUCGUUGAGUUUGAACGCGACUAUACACAUCGUACGCCCAUCGGGUGGUAUACAAGUGAGACAUUUUUGUAUGGAUUACUGAACGAAGCAUUGCGUACACACAACGUGCGCACACUAUACGCAAUGCGCGUGUUUAUCAAAGAUCUUCAUCAGCAGCUAAUCCAGCUUGAGGCAACUGCACCAAAUACUCAAACUCUGACACUCUAUCGAGGUCAACAGAUGCCGCCAGUGGAGUUUGAAAAGAUCAAAACAAAUCCAGGUGGACUAUUAUCUAUCAGCAAUUUUCUGUCGACUAGUCUGAACAAAAAUCUUGCCAUAAUGUACGCUGGAAACUCCCACACCUAUGCUGACAGAACAGCAGUUCUCUUUCAAAUUAACAUUGAUCCAUCGAUACGUACCGGUGUUUCAUUUGCCAAUAUCGAGCAGCUGAGCAACUUUGGUGCCGGCGAAAAGGAAUAUCUGUUCACGAUGGGCAGUAUCUUUCGCAUUGAAUCUGUCGAUGAAUUCGACGCGAACGAUGAUGUUUGGUGCGUCACACUUUCAUUGACAAGUGACAACGAUCCGCAGCUGACCCGCCUCACCAAUUCAAUGCGAUCUACAGUACGUGGAAAAAAUGUGCCUACUAUUGGUAACCUUGGUAUAUUGCUGCUCUUCAUGAAUGAAUCCCAGCUAGCUGCACAAAUACUGGAAAUGGCAGUCGAUGUUAAUACUGGGUUAAAGGACCUUGUGGGAUUGCACUACGUACUGGGAGGAGUGUACACUGCACAAGGCGGUGCCCAGCAAGCGUUCAAGGACUAUGAAAAAUUAUUUAACAAUCCUUUAGUACAUUUAUUACGACCCGAAUCACAAGCAUUUUUCGUGGAUUGGACAAUAACAACAUUUGAAUGGUUACCAAAUGAACUUUAUGGUUUUAUUUUUCUCUAUUUCAAAUCGAUCGACGUUAUAUACUCAUUUUUCAAUUUGAACUCUCGUUUUAAUAGUCUUAUCUAUCCGUUUACGUGGGUAGUAGAUCUGUCUACUAUCGAUAAACAUGUACUCAAUGAAUAUUGUCAAAUAUUUUUACCAAAAAUUAGACGUCAUAUAAAAAGUAUUAAAUUUGAUGAUAAAAAUAUUCAUCGUAUCAUUUCAAUAUCAACAACAUACCCAAAUCUGUGUUCUCUUUCAAUAACAGAUAUCGGCAUAGGCGGAAAAUAUUUACCUUAUUUAGAAUUAUUUAAACAGUUAGUUAGUUUAGAAUUACAUUUUGAUAGACAACAAUAUGAUGAAAAUAUAUCAAAUGAUGUAUACUCAAAUUUAUUUCGAUCAAAUUCUCAACUUCAAAUAUUAUUACUUAAUAAUAUUUGCAUAACGAUUAAUGAUAAAAGUAUUCAUCCUAAACAAAAGAAAUUAAAAGAAAUUGGUUUAUGUGAUACAGAGCCAUUUCCAUUAGGAACAUUUCAAUUUAUUAAACAAACAUUUCCAAAAGCAACAACAUUAGCAUUCUUAAGAACUUCUAUGGAUUGUUUAAAGGAGGAUUUAAUGAAUAAUACUGAGUUUAUAAUAGAAAACAUUGUCACAUUGGGAUUUUGGUUACAUGAAGUAAUGGCAUAUAAAUAUUUGGAACGAAUAUUAUUAAUGACACCAAAUAUUGUUGAGCUCUAUUUACAUUGGAAGUUUUUAUCAGAUUUAAAAACGCAAGUUUAUCUUGAAAAAUUACAACUAAUAUUUAACCGGAUUAAGCUUGUUCACAUUUGUGGAAAUCCAUUAAAUGUUGAUUUAGAAAAUAGUAAAACCUUGUUUCCAAAUGCGAAAAUAAUGCAAUGA